AUGAUAGCGACCAACCAAAACGGUGACGGAUUUGAAAUAGACUUUUCUGACUACAGUAAUAGAUUUACUGAAGAAAGGGAACUAAUAUCACUGCGUACUAUAGCACCUUUUAGCACAGACCCAGAAGCAAUUGAAGAACUAGAAAGAUGUGACUAUUUGAAAAUAUACAGAGAUGUAGCACAAGAAGGUCUAGCCCACAGAAGAGUUCGCGUUUACGCUGAUGGUAUAUACGAUGUUUUUCAUCAAGGCCACGCGAGGCAGCUUCAACAAGCUAAAACAGUGUUUCCUAAUGUGUAUCUUAUUGUUGGAGUGUGCAAUGAUAAAUUAACUCACAGUCGCAAAGGGCGAACAGUUAUGAACGAAGAGGAAAGAUACGAAGCAGUAAGACAUUGCAAAUACGUCGAUGAAGUCGUAAGAGACGCGCCUUGGGAACUAAAUGUGGAAUUUCUGGAAGCACAUAAAAUAGAUUUUGUUGCACAUGAUGACAUUCCAUAUACGACUAAAGAUCAGGACGACAUUUAUUCAUUCAUCAAAGAAAAGGACAUGUUUGUUGUAACUGAAAGAACUAAAGGGGUAUCUACAUCUGAUAUAGUCGCUAGAAUUGUGCGCGAUUACGAUAUUUAUGUAAGAAAUAAUUUGGCGCGUGGCUAUUCAGCUAAAGAGCUUAAUGUCUCGUACAUUAACGAGAAGAAGUUUCGUUUUCAAAAUAUGAUGGACAAUUGGAAGCACAAAGGUAAGAAAGUGAUGACAAAUAUCGGUGCAAAGAAAGUGGAUAUAUUUACGAAAUGGGAAGAAAUUUCUAGAGAGAUGAUUGAGUCGUUCCUGAUGAUGUUUGGCCGUCAUGGCACUUUGUCUAAUAUUUGGCAAGCUUGGAGUCAUCCAUCAUCGCGCUGUAACAGUCCUUUGCCUAUUGACAAUGGUGAUGGUACAAGCAGCUCACCAUUUCUUGAUUCCAUGUCUCCUAUUUCUGAUUCAGUAAAAGUGGAAGAUGAUGAAAAUAUUGAUAGAAAAAUGACGAAAGAUUCACUCAACGAAGUAGCAAGUGAUAAUUAUUUACGUGACGAAUUGUAG